AUGGCCUCUUCAAUGAGAGAAAUGGACCCGCUUGGGAAGAGUGAUCACGACAAGGCUGCGAAUGAAAUAUCUUCCAAUAAGAGCGACGUAAACGAAGCCAAACAACUGCCCGUUGACACCAGACGUUUGAAUGAAGAAGAGGAAGGUAUCCUCAAUCUUCAAGUAAACGUACCCGAUGUCAAAAUCGGAUUGGCAACGUUCUUCCGAUAUGCGACGAGGAAAGACUUGGUUGUAUUUUCUGUCAGCAGUCUUUGUGCUAUCGCUGGUGGGGCAAUAUUACCUCUGAUGAGUGUUGUUUUUGGUUCCCUUGCUCAAAGUUUCCAAAGCUUCACAGUCUUAUCAGCUGUUCAGAGAAAUGUCUUUAACGACGAUCUAGUCACUAAAACUUUAUACCUCGUGUAUAUUGCGAUCGGCGAAUAUGUGUUCAUUUCUACCGCAACUUUCGGAUUCAUCUGGACUGGCACACAUGUCACCCAGAGAAUAAGAGAAGAGUACUUGUCAGCAAUCAUGCGCCAGAAUAUUGCCUUCUUCGACACUCUGGGGACCGGGGAAGUAAUCAAUCGUAUAACCUCGGAUUUGAGUCUCGUUCAGGAUGGCAUUUCAGAGAAAGUUGGUUUUACAAUGACAGGUUUGGCAACUUUUGUUGCUGCUUUUGUGAUUGGAUUCGUGAUGUAUUGGAAAUUAACUCUUAUACUCACUGCAACAUUGUUUGCGGUUCUCUUCAGUCUAAUACUAACUUCGAUUGUGGCGAAGAAAUAUAGUGUUCGAAUGAUUCUUGCCAAUGCCUCGGCAGCCGCAGUUUCUGACGAAGUGAUCAGCUCCAUUAGGAACGCCAUCGCUUUCAAUACUCAAGAAAAAUUAGCCAAACAGUACGAUAAAUUUCUGAUCAAGUCUGAGAAGGCCGGCUUUGGACUGGGUAUUGCAAUAUCUGGGUUGUUGGCAACUUGUAUUGCAAUUGUUGAGCUUACUUAUGCACUAGCAUUCUGGCAAGGGUCACGCUUUCUCGUUAAUUCCGAAAUCAAUCUAGCAAGACUACUCACAACAGUGCUCGCUAUUGUGCUAGGUUCAUUCGCUCUUGUCAAUAUUGCAGCUAAUUUUCAGGCCUUCGCGGUCGCUCUUCCAGCGGCGAAAAAGAUCUUCAGUACAAUUGACCGGAUUUCGCCCAUGAAUCAUGAAGCAGAGGAUGGAGUUACACUUGACCAUGUAGAGGGACAACUAAAAUUACAAAAUAUAGGACACGUUUAUCCUUCUCGUCCCGAUGUUUGCGUCAUGGAAGACUUCAGUCUUGCGUUUGAAGCUGGGAAAACGACAGCUCUUGUAGGAAAUUCAGGAUCAGGCAAGAGCACCAUAGUUGGGCUAGUUGAGAGGUUUUACGAACCAAUCAGAGGAAGAAUCCUACUUGAUGGCUAUGACGUUUCGAAGUUGAACUUGAAAUGGAUGCGACAGCAGCUUGCACUCCCAGUUCUAUUUGGAACCACAAUCUACGAGAACAUCCGACAUGGCUUGAUUGGCACCCCUUAUGAGAUGAGCAGUCAAGACAUCCAGGAGCAGAUGAUCUUCAAAGCGGCAAAAACUGCUAAUAUUCACGAUUUCAUAUUAGCACUUCCCGAUGGUUAUCAAACACAAGUUGGACAGCGAGGUCUUCUGAUGUCUGGUGGUGAGAAACAACGCAUAGCGAUCAGUCGUGCAGUGGUCUCCGACCCUAAGAUCCUAUUGUUAGACGAAGCGACAUCAGCGCUGGACACAAAAUCAGAAGAAGUUGUUCAAGUCGCUCUUAAUGCUGCAGCGAAAGGAAGAACAACAAUUAUCAUUGCACAUCGACUGUCUACCAUAAAGAAUGCAGAUAAAAUAGUUGUGAUGUCUGGUGGACGUAUUGUUGAGCAAGGAACCCACGACGACUUGCUCGAAAAGAAAGCGGCUUACUACGCUCUCGUUCAGGCGCAGGAAAUGUCAGGCCCAGGAAGUAACGAAGAUCCUGAGGAAGGAAAGAGCAAAGAUGAAGACAUUGCCUACGCGAAGCCAAUCAAUAGGGAUGAUGAUACAACGGAAUUCGCAACCGCCACCACUUCAAGUCCAUCUGGUGAUGAAAGUCGAAACGCUUGUUCGUCCUGGACACUACUUGCCACAUUUGCAGCAUUCAACACCCCAGAAUGGCCCAUUAUGCUGAUUGGCUUGAUAUUCUCAAUUCUCGCUGGUGGAACUUAUCCCACCCAGUCACUAUUCUUCGCGAAGUCUGUCUCUUCAUUAGCAUUACCACCUGCGCAAUUUGCCGAACUUCGUAGCGACAUCAAUUUUUGGUCAUGGAUGUACUUCAUGCUCGCUGUGGUUGCUUUCAUCAACUUCCUCAUACAAGGUGUGGCUUUAGGUUAUGGCUCAUCGAAAUUGACUUCUCGCGUUGCGAGUAGGGCAUUUCGCGAUAUCAUAAAACAAGACGUCUCAUUUUUCGAUCAAGACGAACACACCGUGGGUUCGUUGACGAGCUUUCUGGCAACUCAACCGGCCAGCUUAUCUGGCUUCAGCGGCUCGACACUAGGCGCAAUCCUCAACGUUCUUUCAACAAUUAUCUCGGCUCUUGCGCUCAGUCUCGCCAUAAGCUGGAAACUUGGUCUGGUCUGCGGAGCGACGAUUCCGGUCUUACUUGCCUCUGGAUUCUACCGAUUUUGGAUCGCAGCCGAACUUGCGAAGCGUUCAAAGAAAGCAUACGCGUUGUCUGCAAGUUUUGCAGCAGAAGCUACAUCUGCCAUACGAACGAUAGCAUCUUUAACCCGAGAGAAGGAUGUUCUAAAGCUGUAUCACGAGACACUGGUCGAAGAACAAAGACUCGCUCUAGCUACAACAUUGAAAUCCGCUAAUUUGUACGCCUUAUCACAAGCUUUUCCAUACCUCUGUAUGGCUUUGGGCUUUUGGUACGGAGGUCAUCUCAUUUCAAAUGGAGAAAUCGGCAUGUUCGAGUUCUAUCUCUGCUACAAUGCACUCAUUUUUACGAUCCAAUCCGCGGGUCGUGUUCUUGCAUUUGCACCCGAGCUUGGUAAGGCUAAGAAUGCUGCUGUAGAACUGAAGAUACUGUUUGACCGGGAACCCAGAAUCCACUUUAGCACUCAGCUGGGAGCACCUCUGGGGAAAGUUGUUGGAAAUCUCGAAUUCCGCAAUGUCCACUUUUCUUAUUCUCCUCGUUCGGAUGUUAGAGUCCUUCAGGGUCUUAGUUUUAAAGUCAUGCGCGGCCAGUAUAUAGCUCUAGUGGGAGCGAGUGGUUGUGGUAAGAGCACGAUAUUGGCGCUGCUUGAACGAUUUUACGACCCAGUUGAGGGUGGAAUCAUCAUCGAUGACAAGGACAUAUCGAGUCUACAUCUUACCCAAUAUCGCAACAUACUAGCCCUAGUCAGCCAAGAGCCGACAUUAUAUCAAGGGACAGUGCGAGAGAAUAUACUUCUAGGCACCGAUCGAGAUGAUAUUGACGAUGAUUCAAUCGUACAGGCAUGUAAAGAUGCUGAUAUCUACGAUCUCAUUAUGUCUUUGCCUGACGGAUUCAGCACGUCGGUAGGCACAAAAGGAGUCCUCUUAAGCGGUGGCCAAAAGCAACGGCUCGCAAUAGCUCGAGCUUUGAUAAGAGAUCCUCAAAUACUUCUUCUUGACGAAGCAACUAGUGCACUCGACACCGAGAGCGAGAAAAGCGUGCAAGCAGCCCUUGACAAAGCUAUGCGUGGCCGAACCACUAUAGCAGUCGCCCAUAGACUUUCUACGAUCCAAAGAGCCGAUGUGAUCAUUGUUAUCGACAGGGGUAGGGUUGCGGAACAGGGGACUCAUUCAGAGCUGCUGUCGAAGAGGGGAUUAAAGUCGCCGCCGGAAGCAUCUAAAGUCUCCGGAGAUGAAGGAUUGCUCCACGAGCACGACGUGAUGGUUUCUAGGGCUCCAAGUUUGGUUGGGCAAACCUGGGAACAGCGAACGUCCGAAUUUAUCACUAUGCACGUGGUUUUGAUGCUUUUUAUCAGGGCAAUACCUAAUUUUGCGCUUCUCUUCUUGCUUUUCAUUAUUGCAAAAGCGAUAUACAAUGUCACCUCUCAUCCACUAGCGAAAUAUCCAGGGCCAUGGAUGUAUGGAGCCUCGAGCUGGCCGGCGUACUACGAUGUUUGUACCGGAAACUCAGCAGCUAAAACGUUAGCAUUGCAUGAGAAGUAUGGAUCAGUCGUCCGUAUCACACCGAGAGAUCUCUCAUUCAGCAGUGCUCAAGCAUGGCGGGAUAUCUAUGGACAUCGCAAAGGUCACAAAGAUCUAGAGCGAGAUCCAAGAUUCUUCUUCGUUGACCCGGCGAAGGCUUCGGAUAUCAUUGCCUCCAAUGAAGUAAACCACGCACGCAUGAAAAAGCUCAUCAUCCACGCAUUUUCCGACUCCGCCCUGCGGGACCAAGAACCCAUAAUCCUAAGCUACUGCGACCUCCUCAUCUCCCGUCUCCAGCAAGAGCUCGAAACGAAAGACACCCUCGACAUGGCCGCCUGGCUAAAUUUCGCUUCUUUCGAUAUCAUAGGCGAUCUCGUCUUCGGUGAACCAUUUUACGCCAUGGAGAAUGGCGAGUACCACUGGUGGAUGUCGACGAUUUUCAGGAGCUUCAAACUCGGGGUGAUUAUUAGGACGGCGAAGGCGUACUUGCCGGGGCCGAUUGGUGAUUUGCUGUACGAGAUUUUGCAGAGGAUCCCUGCUAUUGUGAGGAUUAGAGCGAAGCAUAGGGGUUUCAUUCGGGAUAAGACGAUUGCGAGGUUGGCGUUGGAGACUGAUAGGAGGGAUUUCACUGCAGUGAUAAUGCGUCAUAACGAUGAAAAAGGCAUGUCCGAAAAAGAAAUGAUCGCAAAUGCUGCUUCACUCAUCAUCGCCGGGAGCGAAAGCACCGCUACAACACUUAGCGGAUUCAUUUUUCACAUUCUCUCCAAUCCGCGAUGUCUAUUAAUCCUCCAAAAAGAGAUAUGGGAACGUUUCGCUUCCUCGCCUGUUAUGGAUUUUGCAGCAGUAGCCGAACUACCCUACUUACAAGCCUGUAUCGAAGAGACACUUCGCUUGUAUCCCCCAGUACCGAGUAACAUGCCGCGAAUGGUUGCGAAAGAGGGAAUGGUAAUAGAUGGACAGUUUGUACAAGGAGAAACAAGCGUAGGCGUACAUCAACUCAGUGCCUCAAGAUCAACACACAACUUCACAGAUCCCCUAAAAUUUUUGCCAGAGCGUUGGCUGGACCGAAGUUCUAUGGGCGAGGAAUUCCUUGAGAGAUAUGGAAACGACAAGCUUGCUGCAUCGCAGCCGUUUGCUAUGGGUUCGCGAGGUUGUAUUGGAAAGAAUCUGGCAUACUCAGAAAUGCGUUCAAUCAUCGCCCGUCUGAUCUGUAACUUUGACAUGGAAUUACCAGCUGAAUCACUAAAUUGGGACCGUCAGAAGGUGUACGUGUUAUGGAGUAAGCCACCACUGAACGUCCGAUUGCGGCCACGGAAAAGAGCUUGA